AGCGACGACGUCGUCGAGCAAUACCACAUGCCCUUGCAGAGAGACUCAAGAGGAUCUCUGCCCCGUCGCCCGCCGUCCAGGGAUCGGCCCUUGACUGGUCGACGAGAAUCGCUAAACUCACAACGCAAGUUGUCCAACGCAUCAUCCAGCUACUACGCCUCAGGAUAUAGCCUCUAUCCUGCUCCUUCAAAGCCCUUGCCGGCAAUUCCUCCUCCUAAAACCGCCACUCACCGGGUGCCCUCUCGAGAUUCCUCAGAUAGGUCGUCCAUCAGCACCCACCGCUCCUCUCAAGUUUCGCAAACCGCCUCCACUCCAGAUGCCACCACCGUCAGCUUCUCGCCGCCACCUCGCCGUAACAACAGAUUCCCUGCCAGUUUCUACAAACCCCCAGAUCCCUCCGAAGCUCUUCCUCCACCUCGGCGGUCGUCUCGCCCAGCUGAAGUUGUCUUCUGGAAGCUCCUUCAGUCAGACGACAAGAAGAAUGGCCCUAUCCAUUUCCUGGACAUGUCUUCCACUCUCUCCACCAUAGCGACCAAGCACGGAAACAACAUCAUCAAGGUCUGGUCAACGGCCGGAGGAACUGUGCAGCAAGUUAUCAAGUUUACCUCUUACACGGCAGCGCAGUCCCGCUCUCGCGAGUAUCUCAUUCGCAGUCACGCUAUUCUUGCAGAGCCCACCAAUCUCAUUGCUAUUGCCACCCGCUUUGGCAGAUACAUUGAGAUCUGGAACUGGGCCAAGAAGAAGUGCCUGCAGUCAAUUGAUGAUGCUGAUCGUUGGACAUCUGCCCAAAUCGAGUCAUAUGAUGGAGCCUUGUGCUCCUUGGCCAUCUAUGGCGGCGAAAAGAACGUCAUUGAUCUCUACAAGGCGACGCCGGAGAAGAAGCCCUUUGUCAAGUCGCGAACCAUCAACCUAAAUCACGUCGAACUACCAUUCAUGCCUCAGUACCCAGAACUCGCACUAUCAACGACGAGCCCUCUACUGGUCAUUGCUGCUGGACCACGUCCUCCACGUCAAGGCCAUCCUCCCCCUGAAAAGGAGACGCUCUUAGUUGCGUGGGACACCACCGAGGGCCAAAACAAGCCAUACCGAAUCGCCAGGCCAUGGCAACACAAGGAACUGGACACAGCCAUUCCGUGUGACUUGGUCACCUACGGAAGCGCUGUCGUGUCCAUCUGGAUUCCCGCGUCUUUCCGCGCUGUUCCCGCUACAAAUGGUGGCUCUGGUUUCAAUCUCAGUCCCGUCGCUGUCCCUUACCGAUAUGUCCUGGUCUGGGAUCUUGCAGCCAACUCGACGCGAACUUUUGGCAUUCCCAACACGAUUUCGUGCGUGUCGCCGGAUUGUCGCUUUGUAGCCUAUGUCUCCGCCACCGGAACCGACAUUGGCGCUCGAGGCAGCAUUGUCAUUCUGGAUGUCAUGACUGGCAAGGAGGUUUGGAGCUGGCCAGAUCCAGAGGCAUUGGCGAUUGACUACACUCCCCGCCCCGGAUUCGAACAGUUCGAUGACCUUUCGCGAGUUUCAGAGCUCUGCUUCUCUGCAGAUGGAAAAUUCUUGAACGUUGGUGAUUUGGAGGGCCAUGUCGGCAUGUAUGAGUUGCGCGAGUCUACGGGAGACAGACUACAGCUUCACAUGAUUUAG